UUGGUUCUAGUGAUUUAAACCUCGGCGUCCGGCGGUUGGGGCGUGCGCCGUGCGUGAGCAGGAAGUGCGCCUGCGCAGGCUGCGGGACGCCAACUGACACCUGCGGAGCUGAGGACCCGGGUGGCGAGCGGACCUCGGCUGGGCGGGUGGUACAAUAGAAGCUAGCCUGAUUGAAGAAAUUUGUCAAUGAUUGUACUUUAUAUUGGAAGUAGAACCUGGAGUCAAGAUUUUCCCACUUUAAACCAUUUUGAUGGCAGAAAGAAGAAGGCCCUCCAAUGUGAGGGAAGCAAUGGAGGAACUCAUGGGACCUAGUGGACAAAACUGGGCCAAUAUGGAUCCAGAAGAACAAAUGUUAGCGGCUGCUACAGCUUUCACCCAGAUUUGUGCAGGGCAGGGUGAGGGAGAUGUCAGGAGAGAAGCCUGGCCUACCCAAUAUGAUCCUUACAGCAAAGCUUCAGGAACCCAAUAUCCCUACAGCAAAGCUUCAGGAACCCAAUACGAUCCCUACAGCAAAGCUUCAAUAACCCCAGGAAAGCAACAUGCUUUUCCCAUGCAACUGCAGUACCCACAUGCGAAAAGUAACGUCACCUCAGAAACAGUCUCAGAGGCCUCCCAGAGACUCCGCAAGCCAGUGAUGAAGAGAAAGGUGCUGCGUAGGAAGCCCGAUGGGGAAGUAUUAGUGACAGAUGAGUCCAUUAUCAGUGAAUCAGAGUCUGGUACAGAAAUUGAUAUGGAUCUGUGGGCUUUAAGACAAAGGUUGAUGAACCUUCAGUUCCCGAAAGACGGCGAGUCCCCUGUUGAUACUUCAGAAAAACUUAAUCUACCACAUGAAUACCAAGAUCAGCUCAGUGGCUAUCUGCAAAGAGAAGGAAUGGGCCCUCCAGCUUAUGAACAAGACCUGAUAGUUGCCAGCCGACCAAAGUCCUUUAUUCUCCCAAGGCUGGACCAGUUAAGCCGAAACCGGGGCAAGAUAGACCGGGUAGCCCGCUAUUUUGAGUACAAACGAGACUGGGACUCAAUGCGAUUACCUGGUGAAGACCAUAGGAAGGAAUUACGCUGGGGUGUCCGAGAGCAGAUGCUUUGUCGAGCAGAACCCCAGUCCAAGCCUCAGCACAUAUAUGUUCCGAACAAUUAUCUAGUACCAACUGAAAAGAAAAGAUCUGCCCUUUGUUGGGGUAUUCGCUGUGACCUUGCAAAUGGUGUCAUGCCCAGGAAGCUUCCCUUCCCUCUUUCUCCGUCUUAAGUCUUUUUUUUUAACCUCUCACAGGAUUGUUUGGGAUAACAUGGCAUUUUAUAUCUUUUAUUUAAAUAGAAACAACUAGAAAGACCAUGGUACAUUAUCGAGUCAGGACUUCACCCAUCAUUGGUUUUUCCUAGGAAUAUAUCACACUGGUAUCAGGUGCCACUUAACUGCCAAAUUACCACUCUCAAACCCAGCAAUGCAAGAGAAGUCACACCAGAGGAAGAAAACACCUGGUCUCUACUGUCAGAUUAGUAAGCAAAGUCAGCUAACACUGUUUCUGCUCUAUAUUCUCUUUACCUUUGACCAGCGUGAGUUGCUGUUUUUAAUAGUGUGUUUUUAAAGCUGCUGGGCAUUAAGCUUAUCCAUUAAAGAAUUUUGGAAAUUUGUGGA